AUGAUGGAAGUUGCCAAUCCAUCUUGUUGUGGAGAUGGUGACAAAACUAGGAGAAAAAAGAGGAAGACAAUGAAGGAGGCACUCCUCCACAAUAAGUGCCAGGAGCUCAACGAGAUCUGCCGUGACAUCAAGUGUAUACCCCCAAGAUACACAGUAUUACCUUCACUAGAAGAUGGAAUGUUCCAUGCCCAUGCACAUUUUACAUGCCCUGGUUAUGACAUGAGCAUCACUGGUGGUCCUCAUCUGACUCCAGAUGGGGCAAGGUGCUCCGCAACUGCCAUUCUGAUAACAGAGCUUCGCAAGAAGACAACGGAAGAAGAAGAACAUGAACAUGACACAAAUAUUCCUAGUUAA